UAGUUGUCUGAAGCCAGUUGUAUAUUAGUAGCAAGGUUACCCGGCUGCUCACGAUUCUUGUAGUAAAUCGCGGACAUAAUCAUAAUCACGCAUUUUAAAACAGUUUUCGGAAUGGCAAUAAGGGUCGUAAUCAUCAAAAAAAUUAAAUAAGAAGUUCUGAGUGUAAUGACCGUUGAGGUAAAAUUUAGUUCAAGAUCUACGAUUAUGAAACGGUUUUUAGUGAUUGCCGUGGUGUUUAUUUUAUUUUCCAUAACGGAAAGUAGUGUUAAACACGAAAAUGGCUGCUUAGAUAAUAUUUGUUACAAAGAUAAUACCUAUCCUCAUAAGGAAAUAGAAAUCAUGUGGAAAAGCAGCUCUAAUAAAUUAACCAAAACCUUCGGGGACAUUCAACAUGUCUCAGAUAAUGAAAACGACGAGCUGGUAUCAAAAGCCACUUGCGAACUUUGUCCGACAAGUAUACGGUCCAAGGUGCAGAUUUUAAGUAUCAUUGGCGAUAAUAAUAUGAGACUCUAUAUUGCUCGUACUUCAAAGUACCAUCCAGAAAUUAGAGUAGAAGUUUGUGGGGAUGAAGCAAAAUGUAAUCCAAAGGACAAGCGCGACAAUUAUGAAACUUUUUGUCAACAACAGACGUCCACGAUAAGUCUUUUAGCUUAUAACAAAACAUCUAAACAGUUUCAGACUCAUCAAGUUGAUUAUCCAAGUGGUUGUGAGUGUGUUUUAAGUGUAUCUGAUCCACCAACACGGAACAUUCCAAAGAACUAAUAAUUUUCUCGUGACUUUCGUUGAUAAAGUUAUCUAACAACUGCUUUGGGUAAAUUUAGUGAUAUCAUAACAAUAUCCAAUAUAAAGAUUAUGCAAAAGAACAAACGUACUUUUUAACUUAUAAACAACAUAUAAACAAUUAAAGAUCA